GCAUUUACAGUGCAUAGCAUGUCACAUGCUUUAAUUUGGGGAAUUCCUUGCUCAUGGUUAUUUUUGUGUACAUUAUUUUAUGGAAUAUUAGCAAUCACUCUGCAUGUUUAUAAAAAGAAAAUAGAUUUACUGAUUAAUGCAAAUGAUAGUCAGUUGAUACGUUCAUUAAUUUCUAUUUUUGCGGGUUUUUUGUUGAUCAAUUUCGGUGUUGCGAUAAGAACAUCAAAAACUGGUAAACGUUUACUGACUAUAAUAUUUUUAUUCCUUUCAAUAAUUACCUUCACUAGUGAAAUGUGCAUGCUUAUUACAUUAUGCUGGUAUAGAGAAAUAUUUCUCGGUAAUCAAAUGAUAUUCAGUUCUGUGAAACGUUUAGUAAACGCCUAUAAUUCAUCUGCAACUGGACGUUUUGUUCUAGAUCGUAUACAUAAUUAUUUCAAGUGUUGUGGUUAUGAUGAAUGGCAUCGUGAAUGGAAUAUGAAGAUAUCACAUUUAUUAAAAUUUCAACCAAUUGAUCGUUGGGUACCUAAUUCAUGUUGUGCAGACGUUUAUCAAAAUGAUGAAUUCUGUGGGUAUGCAACUUAUAGCGAUCCACUUACAGCUGACGAGUUUGUUAAGCUACAUGAAUAUGACCGACCAAAAUAUGUACCAAAUAAAUGGUAUACACGUUUAAAAAAUGACCCAUGCCCGGAAUUAAUUUCUCAUUGGCUAGGUGAAAUACCUGUUUAUUUAUUGAUGCUUGGACUGAUGAUGACUAUUGCACGGAUGCUUUAUACUACAUAUGCUGUAUUUAUUUAUGCACGCAGAAAAAAGUGAAUCAGUUCAGUAUAUGUGUACAUACAUGUGUGAAAUGUACUAAAAAGCUUUUCCACAGGGAAAUGUUAACUGGUUUUAUACAGGUUAAAACAUUUAAAAAUCAAUAUGUUGUUUCUUUUUAUCCUUCAAGGUAUCGCUUAUGCUUUAUUAGUAAAAUAUAAAAC